UAGAGAAGGGUGUCAACUUGACCAUCUCAUUCUUCUCAGUCUAACAAAGUGAACCAGUGGCUUAACAUCCCACAAAUUUUGCUAUUAAGCUGUGUUUCAAAUUUUUAGAUCAUUUUGUACUUUAGUUUGGAAUAAAAAACAAAACUUCUACAAAGUGCACACCUGAAGAUCUGAAGCUCCCUGAGGAGUAACCACAGUCAUGAGUAAGCCAGGGUUUCCUGACUGUGUGUACGCACAAGCUGCCAACGUUUUUCGAGCAUCCUGUGUGGAGAAGACCCUGGAUUACAGUGAGUACACUGAAGGACCUGGAGUACUGCGUUAUGCCCCGGUUCCACACCAUGCUGCCGGAGAUGACAGGCACGAGUGCAACACAAAACUAAACAAGGCUCGGGCAUAUGAGCUGGCAUUCAACACCCUGAAAUUCCAAGCGCUGUUGGAGGACGUCCUGAUGGACAGCUGCUUCCAGGCGGCUCAACAACUGCCGGAUGACCUCAUGGACCUGGCAAUGGUCAUGCUGUAUGACCUCCAGGACAGGAAGUUCUUGCCCAGAGAGCCAAUGACGGGAGAAGGGGGGGGGCCUGUGGAGGAAGUGAGGCUGGUGGAGGACAGUCUCUUCAGGUUUAGGACUAAGCUUGCAGCUUCGUUGGCUCGCUUCAGAAUCAAGCAAGAUCUGGUGUGUAUCGAUGACAUUCUGCCAAAAAGUCUGAAAGAAAAGCACCAGAAAAAGCACAAAGUACCCACCUGUGCCUGGGUCAACACACUCAAGAGCAGCGUUGAUGAAGUGUGUGUGAUGCUGAAGACACAGGGCUUCGUCCAGAUCGAUCCACACACACAUCUGGAAGGGAGUGUGUUCUGUAAAGACACACACUGUCCGGAUGUCCUUCUGUUUCCACCCAGAGCACAAGAACUUGUAGACAAGACGACACUGUUAAUGGAUCACACACUUAUAAUACAGGAGAAGUCCCGCAGUCUGGCUGUGUGUGCGCUGCGGCCCCUGAUGGCCCAAAACACCGACAUUCUGAUAGCAGGUUCAUUCUCCGCACACACCGUGGCUCAAGUCGGCAUCCAGGCUUCCGUCUUUUCCAACCACGUCUACGUCUGUGGGCUCCCUGCUGACUCCGCUCACAGGGAGGAGCUACAAGCGGCGCUGUCUCUCAUUGGCUGCAAAAACAUACGCUUGCUGCCUGAACAGUUUUCCGAGCUUCACGAAGGCGAUACACGUCUCCAGAAGGUUCGAUUAGUUCUGGUGCUGCCCCGGUGCACAGCUUCAGCACUCGCUGACCCCAUAGCACAUAUAAUAAAUGAGGAUGGAGACAAGAAUCUGCUGUGGGAUCUGUCUCAGGGCGUCGUGUCUGAGACAAAGCUGGAGUCUCUGACCAGAAAACAGAUACAAGACCUGAGCCACGCCCUGACCUUUCCCAAGGUGCACAGCGUGGUGUACUGCACGUGCUCAGUGUUGGAAGAGGAGAACGAGCUGGUGGUGAAGAGAGCGCUGAAGAUCGCCGCUGUCAGGAGCAAGUUACAGCCGUUCAGGAUAGCAUCUACAGGAUGGACAGAUGACAAGAGUUUCUUCAGACUGCAGGCAUCUGGCCUCGGCGAUGGCUGCUUUCUGUGCGUGCUGGAGCGAGAGAAAACAGAAUCUGUACAGGACAUACUCUUACGUGCAGCAGCCAAAGGUCUCCUGAAUGGACUGGCGCUUCCUGAAAAAGUCAAGAACACCAGAACAAAAGGCACACAUAGAGGAGCUUCAUCCCCUCCUCCUCCUCCUCUUCCUCAGGCUGAUCCCUCGCUUGCUGGUGUGCCGAGUGUUUCUGAGCAGCUCCACACUGAUCCUGCAGUCUCAAAAUGUGCCCUGAACCACACACCUGACUCACACUGUGCGUCUCCUGCCCCGGAGAACAGUUCUGCCAAUCUGAGUCAUGACUCGGCUGCUGAAAAGAUAAAAAAUCAGGAUUGUGCUGAGAAAAAACGGCAGAAAAAAGGGCGCAGGCUCAAAGCAGCCUCGAAAUACAGCCGAGGAGGAAAACCCAGGAGUCGGAGAACGUACAAGCGAAGGACGAGACAGGCCAGUAAGAAAGUCCAGUGAUAGACCUGUUUAAUCCCUCACACACACAUACACUUACAUACAGUACACACACACAAGCACUGACUGAUGUGGUUCCAGAAUGUUCUGUCUUUGAUGAACCUUUAACACUUUCAAUACUCUUAAAGAUCUGUAUAAUAAAAAAAAAAAAAGUUUUGUGCAAUUUAAAUAAAUCUUUAAAGAAAUUUGCGCUUUCAUUCUGUGCUUCGUUAAACAUUAAGGGAAAGGUGCAUUACCUUCAGUACACUGGAUCGUAUCAGAGAACAAGGAAUAAAUAAUAAUACUCUGAAUAAACGUUUCUGAUUAGAUCACCACAUACACACACGGCCAUAA